UCACAUGAUCCAUUCGUCAUAAAAUGGCUGCCAGUUGAAUUUGAAAUUUUAGUUGAAACGACGUAAAAAGACUGGCAGUUGCUUUUGAAGAGCCGAUUCAAAGAUGGUAUCCGCAAUUCUUUCAAGAGUAGUUAUACUGGUGUUCGGCACGCUGUACCCGGCCUAUGCAUCAUAUAAAGCUGUGAAGACAAAAAAUGUGAAAGAAUAUGUGAAAUGGAUGAUGUAUUGGAUAGUCUUUGCUUUAUUUUGUGCCGCUGAAACAUUCGCAGAUGUAUUUUUGUCAUGGAUUCCAUUUUACUAUGAAAUAAAGAUAAUAUUUGUGUUCUGGUUGUUGUCACCUGUCACUAGAGGGUCAAGCUUUAUAUAUAGAAAAUUUGUACAUCCCAACCUUGCCAAAAGAGAAAAGGAAAUAGAUGAGGCCAUUGCUCAAGCCAGGACUAAGGGAUAUAGUACAUUGAUGACAUUAGGUCAUAGAGGUCUCACAUAUGCUACCAAUGUUGUAGUUAACACAGCUAUAAAAGUAAGUGAUAGUGUUUAAAUUUGACACCUGAAC